UUCAUGUGUAUUUGUGGUUGGUUUCUGUGAAUGGUACAGGACCAUUUCCACCGACCAAGUCUACCUCAAUGUACUGACACAAUGGAUACGAGGAGUACCCGUGCAGCCGAACACAACAGAUGAACGAAAAUGUUCCACAGAAUAAAAAUUCAAUACAAUAAAUGGCAGGAUGGAGAGAUUUAUGAAUAAGUUAAUCGCGCGAGAGAAUUCGAUAUGGAGGAACACAACUACCAAUUCGUAAUACAGAAAUAAACAAACAGAGCAGGAAAACAACAUACCAGAAAAAACAACAACAGCUCUGGACGAUGUAGAUGACAACAAAAUUAGAGAAGAGCUUUGAAUUGAGCUCUAAAAUGAAUCACCAGGGGGAGCUAAUAAAAAACAUGACCAUACCGAAACUAUGUACGGAUGAUUGUGAGAAUGCAUCGAAAAUAUCGUUCGAAGUGAAGCCGCCUGACCCCAACACUACGUUCUUUUAUCGACAUUACAUCGAUACGAACAAUUCCGAGUCGGAAUUCAACAUCGACUAUUUCAACGAAACUUUCAGUGAUUCGAAUUGUACGUUCAGAAAUGGGACGUGUAGUGAUGUGGACUAUAAUUUCUGGGCUCUGUCGUUGUUAGUGUUUCCUCUGUUGACUUUGUUCGGUAAUGUCCUAGUGAUACUUAGUGUUUCGAGAGAAAGGAGUCUGCAAACAGCUACGAACUAUUUUAUCGUAAGUCUAGCUGUUGCUGACUUGCUUGUGGCUGUGGUUGUGAUGCCGUUUGGAGUUUAUUACUUGUUCAACCACGGAGUGUGGGGCCUGCCGCCGGUGGUAUGUGACUGUUACAUCGCCAUCGACGUCAUCUGUUCCACCUCUAGCAUAUUCAACCUGGUUGCCAUCUCUGUAGACAGGUACAUAGCAGUAACACAGCCAAUCAAAUACGCGAAGCACAAAAGCAACGCACGCGUCUGGUCGAUGAUUGGCGUAGCGUGGCUGGUGUCUGGUGCUAUUGGCUCGCCGAUCGUGCUGGGGCUCAACAACACGGUAGACAGGCGUCCUGGCGACUGUCUAUUCAACAACAAGGACUAUGUUAUAUACUCGUCCCUGGGCUCCUUCUAUAUCCCCUGCAUCAUUAUGAUGUUUUUGUAUUAUAAUAUUUUUAAGGCAAUACGACAGAGAGCGAAAAAGCAGCGAAUAGCAAAGAAGACGUCAGCGGCGAUAAGUUCCGCGGUGUCGAGCGGUACCGCGGCGGUAGUGAUAGAGAACGUGGCACAGACGCAUCGGCUGGACGGGUCCAUGAACGACGCGCCCACUAACACCGCGUCAGGGAGCAAUGAAGAUGAAGAUGAUGAUAACUUCGCGAAGUCAGAGAUGGGAGCAUACGCGGAGGAGCUGGUGAACACAAGGUCAGCCAGGUUCAUGCUGGCUGCUGUGGUGGAGGAGACCGGGUUAAUAAUGGCGAACCUGGCGUCUCCCAUCCCAAUGAUGGACCCCAACACGAACAACGACUCAGGGUACGCCCCGUCCAACAUAGAUGCUGAGAAAGAACACACUCCACCAGCUUCUCCUACUAAUAAAGACGAGAAGAAGACAGAAGACAAUGCUGAACUGCCUAAGAAGCCGGAGUUAAAAAAGAAAUUGAGCCGGCUGAGUAACAGCUCCCUCAUUUCAACUCCUCGGAGACGGUUCAGAAGUGCAGCCUCAGCAGCCAGGUUCACCAUCUUCAGAGCGAACAGAGCUGGCAAGCUGCGAGCCAAGUCCUUCGCCAAGAAAGAGAAGAAAGCUACUCAAACUCUUGCCAUUGUUUUAGGCGUCUUUCUCUUCUGUUGGGCUCCAUUCUUCACCUGCUCAGUUCUGGACGCGAUGUGCUCCAAAUUUGGUCUUCCCUACUCUCCUGGAGUGACAGUGUUCAUCCUGACCACGUGGCUGGGCUACAUCAACUCGUUCCUCAACCCUGUCAUCUACACCAUCUUCAACCCUGAGUUCAGGAAGGCGUUCAGGAAAAUACUACAUUGCGGCACCUAGCCCUUAGAUUACUACGUAGUUUACGACUAAACUUGUGUUUGGACUCGCUCAAGAUUAAUCUUGCAAAUGCAAAAUACAUAAUAUUGUCUCUUAUUCUCUUUUCCUUCUGUAUUAGACCAAACAUGAGUUUAAGUUAUUUAAUCGAAUCGGAAAUUUUUAAUAGGUAAUUAUUUGUAUAAAACUAAUAAAUGUGUCUAAA